GAUAUCGAAUGACCGUGAACUCAUUUCCAGUCAACGGAACCACCGUCUCCGCAAACCGACCCCGGCCGUUCCGCCACUGACCUCCGCUUCAGGCGGCAUAUCCAUCAUGCGGAACUAGAUAGCGCUUUGACAACUGCACCAAAACUCGAUGCUUUCAACGAGAAUGAUCAUGCCCGAUGAAUCUCUUGCCGAUACGGCGGUUCCUUCAAGAGUUUCAUCCCAUGUUCGUGGCUUUACCCCAGCUUCUAUGCUGAUCCCGAGUGCGGAGAAAAUCUGGGGAAGCAUGCAGCGGAAUUAUUGCCGACUUCAGACAAGGAUAUCGUGAUGAACUAUUUAAAGAAGAGUGGGAAAUGGUCUAAAUUUCUUUUCCAUCAGCAGAUCAACUUCAACUCCUCAUUCUUCUGCCUAUGCAUUCUAAAAUGGCGAAUCUCAAAUCCCUCAUCUUUCUCGCUACUGUCUCGGCGGUACGCGCUACUGUCAGCCCUGGUAGUCUCGUCACCAUCUCUACAGCUGUCGAUGCUACCAGCGGCGCUGCUUGGUGGGAUCCUUUAGACGAGUUUGGCGGCUAUGACUGGCUUGCUUAUCUGAGAAAUCCUCCUGGUGGUGCUAUCGCUGAUAAUAAUGUCAUGGUCGCACGACGCUCUAUCUCCGAUGGUAGUGUCUCUCGCGACUGCGUCAGAGAUUCAGACGGGGAGUGCGCUGUCUUUGCAGAUGACCUUGGACAUAACACCCCCAGCAUCAGCGUCGAUGGCGAUGGUUAUGUCCAUGUUUUUACGAGCAUGCACAACGAGCCGUGGAAGUACUUCCGCUCCUCUCAGCCAUACAGCAGCACUCUCGUCAACGCCAGUGCUGAUAUGCCAGACCAGAGUGUUCUCAUCACAUACCCUGUUAUCAAGCGUGAUGCCGACGGAAAUCUGUGGCUGAUCGUCCGAGGACAAGCGUCAGGUGAUGGCUCUGCGAGGGGUGGUUACUUCUACAAGUACACGGUUGACAACAAGAAGUGGACUCGCGUUAGCCUCUGGGCAUACAAUAAGGGAUACUCUGUAUAUCCCGAUGACAUUGGCUUUUCUUCCGAUGGGGAUGUUCAUAUCCAGUGGGAAUGGAGCAAGUAUCCUGCGUCUGCUGUGCGCCACCAGGGAAGCUAUGUCCGCUAUCGACCUUCAACAAACUCGUUUACUUCUGCCUCUGGAGCUACUGUCUCGACACCCAUUACUCAGAACACUGCAGAUAUCGUGUACCAGCCUCUGACUUCAGGCGAGACAUACAGCGGCGACAUCAACGCUUCACCAGGCCCAGCUUUCCAAAGCGCAAAGAUGGCACUGUACGAACGUCCCGACGGCUCCGUUCACAUCCAAAGUGCCUACCGCUUCAAGACUUCUACUAGUGGAACCUGGCAAGUCCGUCGUGCAACAGCAACAUACGGUACUUCAAACCCUUGGACACGCGAGAUUCUGUACAGCGAUAGUGAAACCACCGCUGGCAUUGGUAUCACCCAUGACGGAACGACUGCUCGCAUUUACUAUUGCCGCUCUUCAGCUAGUGCAUUUGUGCUUGAAAAUGUCGGUGGAGCUGGUUGGACCAACACGGCUAUUGAGCCGGCUGUUGGUAAGAAGGUGCAGCGUCUUCAGGCUUUGAUGAGAAGUGAUGGAACGGAUGUUUUGUACUUGGGGGCGCCAACCAACGUUAACUCGACGACUGGAAGCUUGUAUCUUUUGACUGUUGGGGGCCGGAAUUAGUGGCAUCACUUAUAUGAAAGAUGAGACAUUCUGGCAUCGUUUUCACGGGCGGGGAACACUCGACCUUUCAUCUU